AUGGGUACUCCGCUGGUCGGCACCGCCAUUAUCACAGGGGGAAACGGGUCGCUUGGGUCAGAGGUAGCUCUUGCGAUUGCAAGAACCCAGCCAUACGUUCAUCUGCUGCUCCUUGCGCGCGAUAUCCGCUCCGAGAGCGCCAAAAAAGUCAGAGAGCAGAUCCGACUGAUCGGGCCGCGGUCCCUCGAAUUUGUCAAGGUGGACCUGGCGAGCUUCAAUUCGGUCGUCAGCUUCACGGAGAUUACGGUCGAGAGAGUGAAAAGCAAAGAAAUUCCGCCAGUGACUCUGUUGAUCAACUGCGCUGCUAUGUCGUCAUACACCAUCGAUCAGGUAACACGAGAUGGCCAUGAUCCGGUCUACCAGACAAACGCCAUAGCGCCUUUCUUAUUAACAGUGAGCUUGCUUGAGGCGUUCAGGGCCGGUGAUGGCACGCCGAAUGGUGGCGCGCGGGUGAUUAAUAUCGGAUGUUCGUCCAUGUCGAAGGGCACCCUCGAUUAUUUUGAGAAUCCAGACCCUGAGCUGAGCGUCUGUCCUGGAACGCCGCUGAGUGCGAAAGAAGCAACCAAGAGAUUUGGAAGCAGUAAGCUCAUUAUGAGUGCGGCCAUGUACGCGCUGCGGCGUAGUUUGGUGUUGACCGGAAAUAUCUCCCUCAACGUAUACACUCUCGACCCUGGAGUGAUGACAGGUGAAAGUCACCUGGUGAACGCAGCUCCAUUGUCUGUGAAGAUGGCCCACCAGACACGAUCUGGACUUCGACCGUUCCUGCGAGUGUUCUCCAAGACCGCGAUGAACAAGGCUAGUGUACCAGCGAAGGUGAUAGCGAAAGUCGCAUUCCAGCCCGACACGGUGGAGAACUGGGGCAGAGAGCGAUAUUAUAUCUUGGACAGCGAGUACGAAGCCGGAUCCGUCAUUCCCGCGAUGCGGGACCCCAAGGAGAUGGACGCACUCCUGAAGAAGAUGCUGCAACAAGUCGAGGUCGGUGUUAAGGGAAUGGGGUCACCCUCGUCCAGAGUAUCACGCUUAAGUUGCUGA